UUCCUGGGAGUGCUCAGGGGGUGGAGUGACCCAGAGAGCCGUCGCGCACUGGGUCAGUUGUCCCGGGAGAGCCGAAGACAUGAGCUUCGUCCAAGUUUUUUUUGUAGGUUAGAACUCCUUCAGUGAAGAGAAAAUGGACUUGAAUUAAGGGCGGGCGGAUCAAGUACUCUUCUCGGCCUUGGUGCUCACCGCGCCCCCUACUCUUGGGAUACUUGGGAGGGGACACGCGGGCUCGGGCGCUGCUAGACGGCCGCGAUGGCGCCGGCGGCGGCGCCCAGCGCGCCUUCUGAGGCGCCUGGCUCUCGCCCGACCACUAUGUUCUUCGUGUGGCUCUUUCUCAUCACUUACAGUCCAGCUCCGGCCAACACCAUCCAGGUGACUGUGUCGGACCCCUACCACGUGGUGAUCCUGUUCCAGCCCGUGACACUGCCCUGCACCUAUCAGAUGAGCAGCUCCAUCUCAACCCCAAUCGUGAUCUGGAAGUACAAGUCAUUCUGCAGAGACCGUGUGGCCGACGCCUUCUCCCCCGCCAGUGUGGAGAACCAGAUAAAUGCCCAGCUGGCAGCUGGCAACCCUGGCUACAACCCCUAUGUGGAGUGCCAGGACAGUGUGCGCACUGUCAGGGUGGUGGCCACCAAGCAGGGCAAUGCCGUGACCCUUGGAGACUACUACCAGGGCAGGAGGAUCACCAUCACAGGAAAUGCUGACCUGACGUUCGAGCAGACGGCCUGGGGGGACAGUGGGGUGUAUUACUGCUCUGUGGUCUCAGCUCAGGAUCUGGAUGGUAACAACGAGGCCUACGCAGAGCUCAUUGUCCUUGGCAGGACCUCAGAGGUCCCUGAGCUCCUACCUGGUUUUCGGGCGGGGCCCUUGGAAGAUUGGCUCUUCGUGGUCGUGGUCUGCCUGGCGAGCCUCCUCCUCUUCCUCCUCCUGGGCAUCUGCUGGUGCCAGUGCUGUCCCCACACCUGCUGCUGCUAUGUCAGAUGUCCCUGCUGCCCAGACAAGUGUUGCUGCCCGGAGGCCCUUUAUGCUGCCGGCAAAGCAGCCACCUCAGGUGUCCCCAGCAUCUAUGCCCCCAGCAUCUACACCCACCUCUCUCCUGCCAAGACCCCGCCACCGCCGCCUGCCAUGAUUCCCAUGGGCCCUACCUACGGCAGGUACCCUGGAGACUUUGACAGAAAUAGCUCAGUCGGUGGCCACAGCUCCCAGGUACCUCUGAUGCGUGAUGUGGAUGGCAGUGUAUCCUCAGAAGUACGAAGUGGCUACAGGAUACAGGCUAGUCAGCAGGACGACUCCAUGAGGGUCCUGUACUAUAUGGAGAAGGAACUAGCCAACUUUGACCCUUCCCGGCCUGGCCUUCCCAAUGGCCGAGUGGAACGGGCCAUGAGUGAAGUCACUUCCCUCCAUGAAGAUGACUGGAGAUCUCGGCCUUCCAGGGGUCCCGCUCUUACCCCAAUCCGGGAUGAGGAGUGGAGUCACCACUCGCCUCGAAGUCCCAGGAUGUGGGAGCAGGAACCCCUUCAGGAACAGCCAAGGGGUGGUUGGGGAUCCGGGCGGCCUCGGGCCCGCUCUGUAGAUGCUCUGGAUGACGUCAACAGGCCCGGCUCCACUGAAUCAGGAAGGUCUUCUCCCCCAAGUAGUGGGAGGAGAGGACGGGCCUAUGCACCUCCCAGAAGUCGCAGCCGGGAUGAUCUCUAUGACCCCAACGAUGCUCGGGACUUGCCACAUUCCCGAGAUCCCCACUAUAAUGACGACCUCAGGUCUAGGGACCGGCGUGCGGACCCCAGAUCUCAUCAGAGAUCCCGGGAUCCUCGGGAUGCUGGUUCCAGGUCCCGGGACCCUCAAUAUGAUGGACGACUCUUAGAAGAGGCCUUAAAGAAAAAGGGGUCUGGAGAGAGAAGGAGACUUUACAGGGAGGAAGACGAGGAGGAAGAGGAGGGCCGCUACCCCCCAGCGCCUCCACCUUACUCAGAGACUGACUCGCAGGCCUCACGGGAGCGGAGGAUGAAAAAGAAUUUGGCCCUGAGUCGGGAAAGUUUAGUCGUCUGAUUCCACGUUUUGUAUGUAGCUUUUAUACAUUUUUUUAAAACUGGAGUACUGAUGAAACUCUUUACCAAGCCUAAUAAAGUACUUAAUCACAA